UUGCUGCUGCUGUCGGGGGUCGGUCCGGCGGACCACCUGCGCGAAGUGGGCAUUCCGGUGGUUCACGAGCUGCCGGGCGUGGGACAGAACCUGCGCGACCAUCCUUCGGCGUGCGUGCUGUUUCGCGCCGCCGGGGAUCGGCCGGACGUGCAGGCGGCGGCGAUCCAGGUGGGGCUCAGGUACACGGUGGAGGACUCGUACCUGCGCAACGACAUGCAGAUUUCGCCGCUGCUGAUGACUUCGGAACACCGGCCGGCGCAGGUCGUCAUUGACGACGACGAAAACUACAUUGGGAUCAGCGCGAGCCUGCAACUGGCUCUAGGCAAGGGUGAACUGAGGCUCAAGUCAAACGACCCUUCGGAAUACCCCUACCUGGACUACAACUACUACCAGGAGCCGUAUGACCUGGAGCGGAUGCGCAAAGCCAUCCGCACGUGUAUCGAGAUCGGAGAGCACCAGUCGUACCGGGAUAUCCUGCUCGACCGGGUCAACCCGGUUGACGCCGACCUGACGUCGGAUGCGUCGCUGGACGACUGGCUGAUGCGGAACUCGGGCACGUCCCACCAUGUGUCAGGUACCUGCAAGAUGGGGCCGGCGAGCGACGACAUGGCGGUGGUUGACCAGCAGGGCAGGAUCCACGGAUUGGAGAACAUCCGGGUGGCCGACGCUUCGGUCAUGCCGGACUGCAUACGGGCGAACACCAACGCCACGACGAUAAUGAUCGGCGAGAAGGUGGCGGACUACAUUCGCACCGGGAGAUAG